AUGAGGCUGUUUGGGUUUCUUCCAGUCACAGAUGCGCAGCAGAAUUAUGACGGACAGAAUGGCCCCCAUCAGUUCGGUUCCCCCGGAAACGGUGUCUACAUACGGGGUCAGAACGAAGGACCCUACACGGUGCCAGGAGUGGGCGGGACCUUCCAGAACUCCCCAGGAAACGGUCAUCAUAGCUACACCGAUGAGCAGGGGAAUACCUACACCCACACUUCAAAAGAAUAUACUAGGAGUUCGGCUUCGGCUCUGAGCUUUAGAGUGGGACUUGUUUUUCUUGCUUAUAUGACCUAUUUAUCAUUUUAACGAGCUAUUU